GGGGCCAAAGCCACUAAUUAUAGGAAGCAGCAGGUGGAGGCUGCAAAAAUAACUGAAUAAUGGCACGGUCCAUAAAAGAGCUUUCUGACCAGCUGGCCUCAUUCCAAAAAGUUAUAACAGAUGACCUAGGAGUUCUAAAAAAAAGAUAUAGCGAAGAUAGCCAACGAUAUGGGCGCGGUGAGAGAAAUGGCCCAACAAGCGAAGCAGAAGGCCGACAACAAUGAACAUAAGAUCAAAGAGUUGACAAAAAACUUGGCAAGACAGUCAGACAGACAGCGAAGAAGAAAUAUUAUUAUAGCUGGUAUCAGCGAGGAGAUAACGCCGAUGCAAUUAGAGCAGACACUCUGCCAGUUCUUUAAAGAGAAUGGCGUUCAGGUCGAACAAGCUGAGAUUGAGAGGGCCCAUAGGCUGUAUAAAAAACAAAGAGGGGGAGAACCCAGACAAGUUAUAAUUGCUUUUGCCAGAGAAAAAUUAAAGGACGAGGUCUUUAGCACCCUUAGGAGAGUUAAAGACUUAAUGUUUCAAGGGAAAAAAAUCUUUGUGAGCCAUGACUUCAGCCAAGAGACGCUGCAAGAGAAAAGGCGCCUGAAACCUUAUGCACACAAACUUUAUAAGGAAGGAAUUAACUUCACCUGGGGAUACCCAAUAACUCUAAUUGUGUUCCGAGAUGGCAAGAGGUACAGAGCCAGGAACCCAACGGAAGCAAAGAAAAUGCUUAAUGAACUGGGAGUGGAUGCCAGCAACUGUGAGGAGGGAGAGAUGGAGUAUGAUAGCAACCCAAACGAAGAAGGGGAGGAGCCGAGGCCACACAGCUCUAAGCGAUACAGAACUGACUCCCGAGAUGCAAGCAACUAAAGGGAAGUAUACACUCAUGGUUGGGCCUAAUGAUAUCGUAACUUUGAUGACGGAGCAGAAAACCUGGGAAGAAAAGAAGAGGAUGAUAAGAGGAAAAUGGUCGCCA